AUGUCUACCACGACGAAAAAAACACUUCCCACAUCCUCAACCGUUGGGCUUGUCGACUUCGCACGUAUUGACUGUGAAACGCCGCCGAUAUCACUGCAAGAAACACCGCAAGAUGACGUCAAAGCGCAAUGGAGUCGGCCGAUUGCAGCUUUGAUAUUUUACUUGUUUCAGGACUUGCGACUCUCUCAGGAAAAGCAGAAGCGCAGGCUCGAUGAGCUGGAGGAGGGAACGAAUAGUCGCCUGGACAAGUUGGACAAAACGUUGGACGAUGAGCAAAAAUGGCACACUGCUCAGGUUGAAGAAGCUCUGGCUCACACCCAAAAAUGCGCCGCCGACAUCGAGAAGCUUGCUCAAGUUCAGGACAAGGCUGAUGCCAUCUAUGCGAGAGACGACCGUUUGACGAGCGAGGUGGCUAGGAUUGAUGAGCGCCUCGAAAUUUCCGGGAAUGAGCUAAAGAAUCUUGACGAAGCUGUUUGCUCUUGUGUUGACAAGCAGAACCUCGAAGGGUUGUGGGAAACAAGAAUCAAGGAUAGAGUGAGAGAGGCAGAAGAAAAUAUCAUACGGCAGAACAAGACCUUGCUCGAGCUAUCCGAAGAGUUGCACAGGCUGAAGGAUGAAAUGCGGGCGCAAAAAGACCAGGCACAGAAAAAAUCAGAAGAAAAGCCUGUAGCUGCGUCAAAAGAGGUCAAUGAUAAGCCGUUAAGGUCGGAGACCGAGCUGGAAGACAUAUACACAGCCGAUACCCAACCACUGGAAAAGCCGACAUUCAAAGCUCAUUAUAAUCUACGCCCGCGCUCACAACCCUCUGUGGAAGAAUCCGCCAUGGCUAUUGUUGUUAGCGCCCUGCCGAAAGCCUCUCCCAUUACCUCGAGCAGGUCUCGUCAAGGGGCAGAGAGGAAGAGUUGUGGAACCAGGACCGCCAGCAAGACUGUUGGCGCACAAAAGCGCACCGCCGCAGCAUCAGACACUGAUAAAGUAUUGAACCACCCGUAUAACUCAAAGCGACGGAAACAACCUAUUCGACAAAAGAGUCUCGCCAAAGUCUGCUGCGAGGCGCAAUGGGCUUAUGAGAACUGUCCCGAAGAGAAAAGCGAACACGAAUUCAUAACUGAGUUCCUCAAGUUUUCCGUGAAACCCUUGAGCUCUGCGGACAAAAAGCGACUGAUCGAGGCGCUAUGUGAUCUGGCAACUCCAGAUAAAUAUGGGUUGCCUGUAUUUAGACAGGAUACUGACUGGUCAGAUAUUUGGGAGCAUCUAUGGACAAUUAAGAAUGUUCCGGGUAUGUAUCUCAACAAGGUCAAAUGA